GCCCCGCUGCCGCCGCCGCCGCCGCCGCCGCCGCUGCCGCCGCCCCACCAUGGCCCGCCGGGUCGCCGCUGUCCUGCUGCUCCUGGCCCUCGGCUGCCUCCUGGGCAUCCUCCUGCUGUGCUUGGGCUCCGGCGACAUGCGCGGCCGGCCGAGCUUCAAGUAUGGCAUUGUGCUGGAUGCCGGUUCCUCCCACACAGCCAUGUUCAUCUACAAGUGGCCUGCAGACAAGGAGAAUGACACUGGUGUGGUCAGUGAGCACAGCAUGUGUGAUGUAGAAGGUCCAGGCAUCUCCAGCUACAACACCAACCCUCCGGGUGCUGGGCAAAGCUUAGUCCACUGCCUGAACCAGGCUCUGAGAGAUGUGCCCAAGGAGAAGCAUGUGAGCACUCCGCUCUAUUUGGGUGCUACAGCUGGCAUGCGCCUGCUCAACAUCACAAACCACCGGGCCUCAGAUGCUGUACUCAGCACUGUGACAGCCAUGCUGAAGACAUACCCCUUUGAUUUCCGCGGGGCAAAGAUACUGUCAGGGGAAGAGGAAGGGGUAUUUGGCUGGGUCACAGCAAACUACCUUCUGGAGAACUUCAUCAAGCGUGGCUGGCUUGGGGAAUGGAUCCAGCCCAAGAAGAAGACACUAGGAGCCAUGGACUUUGGUGGUGCUUCCACACAGAUCACCUUUGAAACCAAGGACCCCAUUGAAGAUCCCAAAAAUGAGGUUAUGCUGAAGCUGUAUGGCCAGACAUACAAAGUGUACACUCACAGCUUCCUCUGUUACGGAAGAGACCAGGUCCUCAGGAGAUUGCUCUCGAAGCUCCUGCAGGCUGGGAACUACCAAGAAACCAUCACCAAUCCCUGCUGGCCCACAGGCUACCACAAAAACCUGUCACUGAGCAGCAUCUAUGACACCCCCUGCACGGAGAAGAAGCCCAGCAUUCCUCUCAGCACCUCUGUCACCAUGGUUGGCAGCAGCAAUGGGAACCUCUGCACUCUAUACGUCAGCAAGCUCUUCAGCUUCACUGUCUGCCCCUUCUCCCGCUGCUCCUUUGAUGGCAUUUUCCAGCCUGACGUUUCAGGAAACUUCAUUGCCUUCUCUGCCUUCUUCUACACAGUGGACUUUAUCCAGACAGUGAUGGGGAGACUUGUGCGCUUGCCCAGCGACCUGAGGGAUGCUGCCGAGGCCAUCUGUGCCACCAGUUGGAGUGAGCUGCUCCAGAAAGCCCCCAAAAUGGAGAAGAGGCUGCCAGAUUACUGCGCUAUCAGCACGUUUGUUUAUUUGCUCACCACCAAAGGCUACAACUUCAAUAACCACUCCUUCCCCAACAUCGCCUUUCAGAAGAAGGCAGGAGAAACCUCCAUUGGCUGGGCUCUAGGCUACAUGCUGAACCUCACCAACAUGAUCCCAGCAGAGGAACCAGCUUCCCACAAAAGCAUAUUGUACAACAGCUGGGUCAUCCUCAUCCUGCUCUUUGUGUUCACCACCCUGAUGGCAUUGGUGACUGCUGUUUGCCUGCUCCGGCGCAGCAAAUCUAGCGCAAUCUAACCUCAGGGACAGGAGAGGCUUUGCCUGCAAGACCGAGUACUAUCCCUCCUGCUCCGUCUCCACAGCUUGAAUACUUGGGAUGCAGCCAGUGCUUGGAGACAUCCUCCCCUGACACUUGAUGCUGUCUGUCACAGAAGGAAAGCUGUCCCUUUUUGCCCUCCUCUUGCUUUCAAGUUACAGAAAGGAGAGGACAAAGGAGGACUGCUGAUCCUGCACAGCUGCAGGAGGAGAACAUCUUAAAGGUUUCCCAGUGCUUCUCAGGGAUAGAUCCUGGAGCAGGCUUGAGACUUGGAAAAUCAGAUCUGGGGCAUCUCUCUGCCACCAGAUGUGAGCUGAACUUUGUUCUUGUGUGGGUGGGAAGGGAAUGCUACUUAUGCUAGUCCUUAUAGUUGAUGUCACUAGCCCAUCCCUGGAGAACUAACCGAGACCUUCAACUGAGCAUCAUCCAGGAAUUUUUGUUCUUUUCCUGGCUGAUGCACAAACCCUGAUGACCUUGCUGAAGGCCACACUAUGGGGCCGGACUUCCAUCUGCCUCAGCACAGAAGCUUCAGGUCAGAAGCAGCUUCCCAGCUCCCUGCUUCAGCAACCGGACAUUGUGUCUUCCUUAUUCUGGUGUUUCCUAAGCCAGUCUCCUGUUUGCCACAGCCAUUGUCUACUUGGCACUCCUCGGUCACAGAGUAAGGUAUAAAAAGCCUCUCCCUGUAGGACAGAGGAUCUUCAGGCACCUCAGUGCUUGACUGAGCCAGCCCAGAGAUAGUAGAAUCACUAUGGGAGCAGGGCUUUUUGCUGUUUUAGGAUUUAAACCCUCCAUCACCAGCCAAGGCAGAUAGCUGGGAGGACAUGCCUUCAUACCCAAACAAGUAAAAAGAGAGAUACACGAAUGUGCAAAGGGCUUUUUUGUUUUUGUUUUUUAAUAAUCAGAAAUAAAUCUUUGUAACCAUU